UGCGUCUGCUCGCGGUUGUGUGCCAUCGCGUGCUGCAGUUCGCCGCCGCGAUUCCCUUCCAGUGCGGCAAUGGAAUCCCUUUUUGCGGCAUUCCGACCGCCCUAUGAAUGAUAGUGGCUCCUCAAUGGCUGAAAGGAGCUUGGUGCUUUUCCUAGGUCUCAUUUUUGGGACGAUCCGGUUAUUUGUUGACGCGGUGUGAGUGCCGUCGGCAGAGUGCCGCAGUCUAGGCCUAGAGCUAGCGCCGAUCACAAGGUGAUGUGCUGUCUUGUGGCGCUAUCGGUGCCGACUUAUCGCUUUUUCUGGCGUACCAGGAUCUGGUGCAUUGUUUGAACUGCGAUCAGACUUUGGGCGAUCCGGCUGGGCACGAACUGGAAGCCGCUGCUUCGCCACUGAACGAAACUGGUGUUCGCGGGGGCGUGCCGGGGCUUCUGAUUGCGUGAAGGCUGCAUCGACGAAAACCGUAGUUCCACAGCUAUGAACCUUCACCAAGUGCUCACCGGAGCAGUUAAUGCUGGAGACCACUGCUACUCUGUCGGCAGCGUCGAAGGCGUUCCCUUCACAGUCUACGGCGCAGGAUGUAACAUUGUGAUAUUGGCACGAAACUUCGAGAGAGUGCAGAUCAUACCUGGUGUCUGUCAUGGGAACGUGCAAGUUUCCUGCAUAGACUGCUCAACUGAUAUUGGGAAGAUUGCAGCUGCAUAUGGAAAGCAAGUAGCUAUAUUUGAACCGUCACCACUUCUUCAACAAACAUCAUCUCACAAAUUGGACUACAAAUGGAUUCAGACAGCCACAAUACAAAUGGACUACUCUGUAUCUGUGCUUUCUUGGAAUUUAGAAGGCACUCGGCUACUGACCGGUGGCGAGUGGAUACAGAUGUGGAAAUGCACCAUGAGACCAGAAAUCAAUGCCAAGUCUGGGGACGACACUGCCAAGGCAGGCCAGCCGCAAUCGGCCAGCCAUUCUGGUGUCUCCUUCCAAUUAGGAAGCGACGAGGUGGCUCCUUCGCUCCCUGACGAGGAUACUUCGUGGGACUGCAUAUGGCACUGCAGGACAUCCCAACCCGUCAGCUUCCUACGUUUCUCACCAGACGGCACACUGUUCGCAUCUGCAGGAAAAUGUGACCGUUUAGUGAAAAUUUGGCAUAACAGUCAGCAUAAAGUGUCUGACCCUGGUGGGAAUGCCAGAGUGUCUGCACAGCAAAUGGAUCGUGGCUGUACCUUUGGCUUUGUAUAUGCGGCCCACCCACGAGCCGUGACAGGACUAUCGUGGCGCAAGACCAGCAAGUUUAUGCCCCGAGGUUCAGUUGCAAACAUGCUGGUCACGUCAUGUCGAGACAACAUCUGCCGGCUCUGGGUUCAGACCUUGCUUCCCGAGGAUGGGCUGAUCAAUGUGCAGCAGAUCGAAGCACUUGCCAAUCAGACACCACGACUGCAGACUCAGCGCCACCGCCAACGCAUCCUCCAAAAGCUUCGGCACAUGAAAUCCCUGAAUGAAUACCAAAGGCGGCAGGCAGCGCAAAGUGGAAAGGAAGCUCGGGAGACGAUCCCCUCACUUCCCAGCACAUACAGCGUGCACGACUUUCAUAGCUUUGGACUCCAAGGCUCUGGCGUGGCACCAGGCCUCCAUUUUCAUCUGGCAGCCAGCAUCAAUGCGGAGACUGACAUCCCGCUGGUGCCAAGCAUGAGUGGAGCUGCAUCAGGAGGCCAGGAGCCCAACUUUGUGCUUCACUGGCUCAACAACAAGGAGAUGUCGUUCAGCAGUGCCACAGAGCAACUGAUCCAGGAGCUGAGCCUGAAGGCCCUGCAGGCACGGCGGGAGCACCAGCGUCAGCAGCUGGCGGCACAACGCAAGGCUGCCGAAGAGGCAGAUGCCGAAGAAAACCAGGAAGACAGCAAUGAGCCAGAGGAUCCUGAGGCAGCCGGUGCCACCAAAACCAGCUGGCAAGGUAGAUCAGGGCUGAAGUCACUGAGGCUCGGAAGCGUGACAACCACGACAGCAGCAGCCGAGGAUGCAGUGCCAGGUUCCCAGUCUGCCAAGGCCUUCUCGCCAGCAUCGUCCUCGGCAUCUUUAGCCACUGAGGCAUCUGGCAAGAACGUAGAGCAAUCGCUGGGAAAUGCCCUGGACCACAAGAUCGAGUCACUUUUGCGCGAGUGGCACCAGAGCCCCGACCUGCUGUUCAGCAUUCAUCCAGUCGAUGGGAGCUUCCUUGUUUGGCUGGUUGACUGGCUGGAUGAGUGCAGUCCCGGGUCGUUUCGCCAGGCCCUGGUGAGCUUCUCGUCGCGCAUUCCGGCUGCCAUUCCUCUGGGGGAUGCAGCCACACUGUCGCACCACCUGGCCCUCUACCUGCCGACGGCUGGUCUUGACCUGCGCACCGUCCUGUCUGGGCUGGGAGCAUGGGCCCUGCCUAGCCCCCUCACACCCGUUGCCCCUGUCACCUUGGUGGUUCCACCCCAGCAAGGGUCUGCGCAACCUUCUUCCGCACAACAGGGAUCUGCGCAGCAGGCCGAUGAAAACGAAGAUGCAGAAGACAAGCUGCGCCCCUUUUGCUGCCAAGCUGCCCCCCACACCGAGUGUGUGCAUGCUGUCCAAGCACAACAAUGGCUCACUCAACCUGUGGCACCUUACAUUCAGCGAAGAGUCCCACUUCACCCACGUGCUCAGUAUUGGCCAUGCAGCGAGGGUGUCGGGACACCGGUUCAGGAUAAAUGACAUCACGUGCCAUCCCGUGCUCCCGCUGCUGUUGACCACGUCGCACCACAACCUGCCCAAAGGGAAGGAGCCCCUGGACGAGGAGGACGAACAGUCACAGCCUCAAGAUUACUCCGACAAGCGGCGGCGUGACAGUGCACCUGCCCCCGCACCCACGGAGGGCUUCUGCAGUGAGCUCAUCCUCUGGAAGGUGGAGUCUGUGGGGCCCCUGUCUAAGUCUGGUGGCGUUGCCGAGUUGGCACGCAUCAACUCUCUCGAGCCAUCUGCCUUCUCG